AUGUUCUUCCAGAAUCUACCAACAGAGAUAGUCGAGUGUAUCGCGGAGCAUCUGCAUCAGCCCAAUGUUUUGAACGCUCUCUGCAGAGUCAAUCGACGGUUCUAUCAUAUCCUCAAUUGGUGUCUCUAUGAUAGAGAUGCAAAAAAGUUAUGCAAAGCUCUCCUCUGGGGUGCCUACAAUGGAAACCUUCAGGUGAUGCAAACGUCUCUUGAACAUGGCGCCAAUAUCCAUCGCAAGGACUACGAUGACAAGACCCCCUUGACCAAGGCUGUCGAGGGCCAAAGCCUAGAAGCCAUGAAGUUCCUGCUCGAUAGAGGAGCCGACAUAAAUUAUUCCAAUACCUACGCUGACAGCAUUAUGUAUGUUGCUGUUUUCACACGAAAUCUCGACGUCGUCGAGCUCGUUCUUGCACGGGGGGCAAAACCAGACGCUCUAUCAUACGCAAAUACUCGACCUUUAUCUCUAGCUAUUUCUAGAGGUGAUUUCCAAAUUGCCCAAGCAUUAGUAAAAUUCGGUGCUCGUUUGGACGAGCCAGGGCCAGGAUACCACACGUCUUUGAUCACAGCUGUACACGAGGCCCGCCAUGACAUUUUGAAGACGUUUAUCGAAAAUGGUGUUUUUCAAAAUGACCAAGAUGGGUCUCUGGGAGCUGAGGCGCUGAGACGCGCAGUAUUGAAUAACAACGACGAGGCAUUAGACAUUCUUCUCAAAGCCGGGGUAAACCCUAUCAUAGCUGGAUGGCAUGGUCGCUGUCCGAUAAUGGAAGCUGUGACUUUCGGAAAGACAGACCUUGCGAUCUCUUUAUCAGACUUGGUAUCGGAUUUAAAACAGGCAAAGGACAAAGAUGGUGAAGGACUCCUUUAUUAUGCCGUUGCUAGUGGUAACAGACGAUACACCAAAUACCUCCUGGACCGCGGGUUCGGCCCAGACGACAGUCGUGAAUCAGAUCUCCCAGCUGCUUUGAAAGCACUGUGUAAAACCGAAUCUAUCUGA